CAGAGCAUCCUCUCUGUGCCCUCACACAGUGCCUGUAUCCCACAGCAUCCUGCCUGUACCCUCAGGGCACUGCCUGUAUCCCUGGGGCAUCCUGCCUGUACCCUGAGGGCAUUGCCUGCAUCCCAGGAUCAUCCUCUCCGUGCCCUCACACACUGCCUGCAUCCCCGAGCAUCCUCUCUGCACCCUCACACACUGCCUGCAUCCCUGGAGCAUCCUCUGUACCCUCAGAGCACUGCCUGUAUCCCACGAGCAUCCUCUCUGCGCCCUCAGGGCACUGCCUGUAUAUCCCUGGGGCAUCCUCUCUGCACCCUCACACACUGCCUGUAUCCCCCGAGCAUCUUCUCCGUGCCCCCAGGGCACUGCCCUCGCCCUGGCAGCACCUCCCGCCUCCUGGCCAUCCUUGCUCACAGUGCCGGCACCGUGACCGUGCUGCCCGCAGCCCCGCAGCUGCCGGCGCGGUGUCCACCGUGCCCGCACCCCGCGAGCAUCCUCCCCGCAGCCCGAGCAUCCUCCCCGCAGCCGGCCCGCCCCGCCAUCCAGCAGCCGCGGCGGUGCGUGUGGGUCCCCUCCCGGGCACCCCCGACCCCGGGAUUUUGCGGGGGAGGCCGAGGGGUGCCGGGGGUGCCCCGGGCAGGGGCAGACUGGCCCCGGGGGCCGGGCCGGGGCUCGGGGCGGCCGGCGGAGGCGGCGGCGGCCGCGGGGGGGCAGCGGGGCGGAGCGGGCGGGGCCGGGGCGGCGCCGGGCGAGAGGAGCACCGCGAUGACCAUCGGCGGCCCCCGCGGCCGGCACCCCCGCCUCCAGAUGCCCUGUCUGCGCAAGAUGGAGCGGAUGAUCGUCAGCAUGCAGGACCCCGACAUGGGCAUCAAGAUGAGGAACCAGCGCUUGCUCAUCACCGUCAUUCCCCACGCCAUGACAGGGAACGACAUCGUGGAGUGGCUCAUCCAGAAGUACGGCAUCUCCGAGGAGGAGUCGCUGCACCUCGGCAACCUCAUCGUGAAGCACGGCUACAUCUACCCGCUGAGAGACCCGCGCAGCCUGGUGCUGCGGGCCGAUGAGUCGCCCUACCGCUUCCAGACCCCCUAUUUCUGGACCAGCACCAAGUGGCCGGCCACGGAGCUGGACUACGCCAUUUACCUGGCCAAGAAGAACAUCCGCAAGCAGGGCGACCUGAUCGAGCACGAGAAGGACAACUACAACCUCCUGCACAAGCGGAUCAACCACACGUGGGACUUCGUGGUGAUGCAGGCACGGGAGCAGCUCCGGGCAGCCAAGCAGCGGCGCAAGGGCGACCGCAUCGUCAUCGACUGCCAGGAACAGGCGUACUGGCUCGUCAACCGGCCCCCGCCAGGAGCCCCUAACGUGCUGGAGCAGGGCCCCGAGCGCAGGAACUGCCACACCACCCGUGUCCAGCUGACCAAGAACAUGGAUUACUACAAGCGAGAGAUCGAGUACUGCAGGAAGGCCAUGGCCAGGACCAGGGUGAAGUCCUCCAUCUGCCUUGAGGGGUACAUCAAGUUCAACGAGCAGUAUGUGCCCCACGACCCCAUCAUGUCCGGCUGCCUGCCCAGCAACCCCUGGAUCACAGAUGACACCACGUACUGGGCCAUGAAUGCCCCCACAGUGACAACUCCCACAAAGCUGCGCGUGGAGCGCUGGGGCUUCAACUUCAGUGAGCUCAUCAACGACCCCCUGGGCCGGACACAGCUCCUGGAAUUCCUCAAGAAGGAGUUCAGUGCUGAGAACCUGAGCUUCUGGGAGGCGUGUGAGGAGCUGCGCUACGGGGAGCAGUCCCGCAUCGCCGAGAUCGUGGACUCCAUCUACCAGCAGUUCCUGGCUCCCGGGGCCACGCGCUGGGUGAACAUCGACAGCAAGACCAUGGAGCGGACCCUGGAGGGCAUCAAGACGCCCCAUCGCUACGUGAUGGACGAUGCCCAGAUGCACAUCUACAUGCUGAUGAAGAAGGACUCCUACCCACGCUUCCUCAAGUCGGACCUCUACAAGAACCUCCUGGCCGAGGCCAUCAUUCCCCCGGAGACCAAGAAGCGGGUCUUCCCCUUCAUGCGCAAACAGCGGCACUCCAGCCCCAGCCCGGCGCUGCUGCUGCCGGCGGGCGAUGCCGAGGAGAGGAGCAGGAGCCCUUCCACCGCCCCCGUCCCCGAGGAGGAGAGCUGAGAGCCGGCAGCGCCCCGGCCCAGCACGCCCAGCCCCGCCGCAGGACCUGCCGGCAGUAGCACUGAAGGAGAGAAGCCAUAACCCCCCCAGGCCCCCCGAGCCAGGCUGGCCCCGCCGCAGCCCCGCUCACGUCCCCACACCCUCCUCUCCCCCGGGGAAGCCGCACCCAGCCGGCCUGGUGCGGGGUCACCCCUCCUGCCGCCCCCCGCCCGGGCACCACGCAGUAAAGCCCCUCGGGA